AUGAGAGUUGCAGUUGCGCCAUUAUAAAUCUCAAGAUCAUUGCCUCCAGUUCCUUUGCCUGUAAUGGCAACACCGGUAAUGGUUGACAGAGUCGUUAACAUACAUCAUUCAUAAGUAUUUCACACGGAAUCGCCAUAAAAAUAACAUAGUGAAUAGAAAUUGAAAUAAUUGGAAUCAAGAGUGUAAAAUCUAGAAAGUCAAUCUCCAAAUAAGGGGAAGGUGGAAAAACUACUUGAAGAAAAUGAGAAAUUGUUGCAGUUGGUUCGUGAGAAGACUGAACAUGCCUCAAAAUAUAAAGGGGAAUUACUUACUGCCAAAAAGGAAAUCACAAAGUUGAAGAAAGUCCUUGAUUUGAAAGAAGAAGCAUUAACGGAUAUGAGAUUAAAAAGUUAGAGUAGAAGUCUCUCUAGGGCCAGUGAAAGAAAAGCCGAAUAAAUUAUGUAAGAGAAACAAAUACUAGAACAAUAAUAUGUACGUGACAAACAAUAUAUGCAAAAUCAAAUCAAUUAGCUCAAAGAAGUCAUAGAAUCAUAAUCUUCUUAAAGUCAAUCACUCCAAAAUAUAGAUUAUCAAUAGUAAUAUUAUUCUACCCCAAACCAGUAAAUCGAGUUAUUUGGUCAAUAACCAUCAUAAUCAGGUUAAAUUAUAAAAGGUAGUUAAAAAAGCAUAAAGAAGAACCAAUCAUCUAAUUAGAUCUAAUACGAAGUUCCAGAAUAUACCAAUGCUUAAUAAAGGAACCCUCAAGCCUAAGAUCCCAUUAGAAAACAUUCCUCAGCAUUUUAGGAUAAAGAUCAAAAAUAAAUUUCCCCCAUUAGAAAUGAUUAAGCGUACGAUCAGCUCUAAGGAUCAGCUUAACACUCAAAGCGUUAAUCAUAAGUGCAAUCAGAUUAUCAAAGAUAAAAUAUAGUACCAUACGAAGUGGAGGGAAAUGCCCCAGAUUAAAGAGCUAUUAGAAAAGAUAGCUAAAGACAAUAAUCCUAUAAAUAACCAGAGUAAAUCCAAAGAAAAUCAAUAUCUCCAACAUUUGAACAAUAAUAAUAAUAAUAAGAUUAACUUAAUUCAUUUAGAUAGAAUCAAAGAUAAUAAUAAUAAAAAUAAGGGGAUGCUUAACGAAAAUCUAUCUCUCCUUCCUAAGAAGAGCCUAUGAUUGAAUUAAGAGGAGGAAUGUAUGAAGAUCAUUCAAGAUAACCAUCAUAUAAAUAGUAGAUUCCUAUAUCAGAAUAAUAACGAAAUACACAUAGGAAAUAGUCUAGUACUGUGGAAUAGUUCUAAGUCCAAAUAAUCUAAUUGAAUGAUGAAUUACUUUAGGCUAGACAUUAAGAGGAUGAAUUGAAAUCUUAAAUUAACUCAUUAAACUAAUAACUUUAGGAACAUAAAUUAAUGGUAGAUAAUUUAUAAUAGGAUAAGAAAAAAUAACAAGAAUAAAUUGCUAAGUAUAAAUAGGAUCUAUAAAAUUAGAGUUAAGAAUUACAAAAGCAACUAUCAAGUAAUAAAGAUUUAUAGUUACAACUUCAAAAGUUAUAACGUAAUAUCGAAUCUUCAAAUAAAUUAUAAGAUUAGAAACUUUAAGAACACUUACGAAAUCAACAAUUUUUAGAAAAAUAAUUAUAAGAAUCUCAUUAAAUCAUUGAAAAGCUUGAAUAAGAAAAUCAAAAUAUCACUCAUAAAUUUGAUUAAGAGAAAGAUGAUCUAAUCAAAGAGUAUGAAGAAUAAUUAGAAUAAAAGUAGUAGGAACUCAUAGAAUUGAAUUAAUCGGCUCUUUUGGAAAAAACAUCCAAAGUUGAAUUUGAAAUUUAAUUAAAUCAACUUAAAUAAAAAGAGGCUAAUUUCAACUCUGAAAUCGAUAAAAUACGCAAAUAAAAGGAUUUAAUGAAGAGCUAAUUGGAAGAAACUCAAAAAAGUCUUAAUUAAGCCAAAGUUCAGAUAAGCCAAAUAGAGUCAGAACACACAGCUUAAGUUGAAUUGAGGGAACAAUUAGAAACUAAUUAUGCGAUUUUAUAAAAAGAAUAUGGAGAAUUUAAAGAGAAUUCUAUAUCAUAAUUUAACAGCAAAAUGAAUAGUUAUUAAUAAAAGGCUUAGUUGGAGUAUGACAAAUUAAAGAAAUAGAGUCUACAAUAAUAAGCAGAAUUAGAGAAGGUUUAUCUAGAGAAAUCAGAAUUAGAAUAGGAGUUGAAUAACACUCAAUAGGAUUUGGGACAUUAAUAUUAAGAAGUUACUUAAUAGUUGUAAACUGCAAAGUAAACGAUUAAUGAAUAGAAAAAGUAAAUAAAAUAAUUAGGGUAACAGAAUUAACAAUUAAGUCAGGAUCAUCAGGAAUUAUCAGUACAUUAUUAGUAAUAAGAUAGUGAAUUAAACUAGUUAAGAUAAGAAUUGUAAACUCAAUAGGAUCAAUGCUAAUCACUUAGAUUUGAUAUUUCUAGAAUCUAGAUUGACAAGGCAUAGUUGGAAUCAGCAAAUAAAUAAUAAAGAUAGAUGGAUUAAUUGAUGUUAGAGAAUGAUUCUAUUUUGCAUACUAAUGAAUAAUUGUAAACUGAUCGCAAUUAGUUAUCAGAUGCUCUAUAAUAAAAGGAGAGUGAAAUUGCAAGACAGAAGAAGAAGAUUGAUUAAUUGAAAUAACUAAACCAAUAAAAUGUAGAAUAAAUUAAGAAAUUAUAAGUAGAGUUGUCAGAAAAAGAAAUUGUAGCUGAAAAGUGUUAAAGUGAAUUCACCAAUUUUUAAAGGGAACUCUAGAUAUUGAGAAAGGAGAAUGAUAGAUUGUCAGCAGAUGCUUAAAAAUAUGUUGAAUAAUUAGAAUAAGAGAAAAUGAGUUAAGGAAAGAAACUUGAUCAUUUGUAAUCUCAAUUGUAGUAAUAAAUUCUACAGAGAGAUUAAGAAUAUGAAGAUCUGGAUAAAUCUAGUAGGUCAGCCUUUGUUGAACUAUAGUCUCGAAAAUAAGAAGCCGCCUUAUAAUAAAGGAGGUUAGAAUAAUAGAAUGAUCUUAUUAAACAAUUGAGUGAGUAAUUAGAGAAGGUUUCUUCAUAAAAUAAGAACUUAUUAAAUGAUUAACAGUUAAAUAAAUAAUAACAUGAAUAAUAGCAAUAAGAAUUUGAAUUCACUAUCAAAGAUCUAUAAGCUAAUCUUUAAAAGCAAUAAUACGUUUAGGAUGAAUUAUAAAAAGAAAUUCAAAAAUAAAAAUUGCAAGAAGCUAAGCAAAAAGAGGCUAAUGACGUUGAAAAAGAAAAAAUGAAUUAAAUGAUGCUUAAGUUGGAGGAAAAGUUGGAAUAACAUAAAACUGAUACAGCUGCUGAUUUACAAGAAUAUGAAAUAUUCAAAUAGACUAAUUCAUAAUUAACUGGAGAAUUAGAAAGAGUUAGAGGAGAAAAUGCUGAUUUACAUGAAAUAGUUAUAUAACUUUAGAAAGAAAACGUUUCAUUGAGAGAUCAUCAUUAAUAAAUGAUUUCCUAAAUUGAAGAUAAUCAUCAGACAACUGAAAGAUUGAAAAAUCUAUGCUAGUAAUAUGAAUAAGAAGUCAUCUUAUUAAGGAGAUAGCCUGAUCAUGGAGUAUAUGAAUAACCAAAGGCAGGAUUUAUCAAGACAAAGAAUAGUAAGAGAAUGGAAGAAAUGGAAAGAGAGAAUAUUAAUUAAUAAAAAGAGAUUCAAAGGCUAAAAUCAGUAAUAGAUGAAAUCUAGAAUAACUAAAAUUAUAAUUCAACUCCAACUCCAGAGAGGAAAUAAUUGAAUUAGCAGCAAAGUUAGUCUUAAAAAAAACAUUUGUUUGAACAAAAGCCUAAAUCAAUUGAUAACACUAUCCGGAAAUAAUUAUAAUGA